AGAUUACUGCUGAUUUGAUCCUCUGGAAUCUGAAAAAGGAAAGCCUGCCAGCCUCUGUGAAUAGCUUUGCAGUGUAACAGGAGUGGAGUCCCUGAGCAGAAUCCCUGAGAGAUGUGUGAACAAGCGUGAGCAAAGCUGAGCGCCUCGGUGUUUCUGCCUCAAACCUGGGCUCGUUCCCCAGGCGCGGUUGCACGGGGUGUAAUACCCUCCUGAUACCUGGAGAUGAUGUCGGUUGAAGGGUCUACAAUAACAAGUCGGAUCAAAAACCUGCUUCGCUCCCCUUCCAUUAAGCUGAGAAGAAGCAAGCCUGGGAACAAGCGUGAAGAUAUUGGCAGUAAGGUGACCUUGGAGAAGGUGUUGGGGAUAACUGUGUCGGGAGGCAGAGGAUUAGCCUGCGACCCCAGAACUGGCCUCGUUGCUUAUCCAGCAGGGUGUGUUGUUGUGCUGUUCAACCCUAGAAAAAAUAAGCAACACCAUAUUCUGAACAGUUCCAGGAAAACAAUUACAGCACUUGCUUUCUCUCCAGAUGGAAAAUAUUUGGUUACAGGAGAGAGCGGACACAUGCCGGCUGUUCGGGUGUGGGAUGUCGCUGAGAGAACCCAGGUGGCCGAGCUCCAGGAGCACAAGUAUGGGGUGGCCUGUGUGGCAUUCUCCCCCAGCUCCAAGUACAUUGUGUCAGUGGGGUACCAGCAUGACAUGAUUGUCAACGUGUGGUCGUGGAAGAAAAACAUUGUAGUGGCAGCCAACAAAGUCUCGAGUAAGGUGACAGCUGUGUCAUUCUCAGAGGACUGCAGUUACUUUGUCACUGCUGGAAAUCGGCACAUCAAGUUCUGGUACCUGGAUGAUAGCAAAACCUCCAAGGUCAAUGCUACAGUACCCUUGCUAGGUCGUUCAGGAUUGCUUGGAGAGCUAAGGAACAACUUCUUUGCAGACGUGGCAUGUGGAAGGGGCAAAAAAGCUGACAGCACCUUCUGUAUCACAUCCUCAGGCCUGCUGUGUGAAUUCAAUGAAAAGAGACUGUUAGACAAGUGGGUGGAGCUGAGGAAUACAGACAGCUUCACAACCACUGUGGCAAACUGCAUCUCCGUGAAUCAUGAUUACAUCUUCUGUGGCUGUGCUGAUGGCACUGUGCGGAUUUUUAACCCUCUGAACCUUCACUUUGUCACCACGCUGCCGAAGCCGCAUUUCUUGGGAACAGACAUCGCAAGUGUGACUGAGGCCAGUCGUCUUUUCUCCGGUAUGGCUGAUGCGAAGUAUCCGGACACAAUUGCCUUGACGUUUGACCCCACCAACCAGUGGCUCUCCUGUGUAUACAAUGACCACAGCCUGUAUGUGUGGGAUGUCAAAGACCCAAAGAAAGUGGGCAAGGUGUACUCUGCUUUGUACCACUCUUCCUGCGUGUGGAACAUUGAGAUGUAUCCAGAGGUGAAGGACAACAAUCAGUCAUGCCUCCCCCCUGGUUCUUUCAUCACUUGCUCCUCUGACAACACCAUUCGCCUGUGGAACACUGAGAGCUCCAACAUUCAUGGCACAGCACUGCACCGCAACAUCCUCAGCAAUGACUUGAUGAAAAUCAUCUAUGUAGAUGACAACACUCAGGUACUUCUGGACACAGAUUAUAACUCAGGAGGAGGUGCAGACAAAGCUGACACACAAGUGAUGGACACAAAGGUGGGGAUACGCACUGUCUGUGUGAGUCCCAGUGGGGAGCACCUGGCCUCAGGGGACAGGAUAGGCACUCUCAGGAUAUAUGAGUUGCAGUCUCUGCAGGAAAUGCUGAAGGUGGAAGCCCAUGACUCUGAGAUCCUAUGUCUGGAGUACUCCAAACCUGACACAGGGUUAAAGCUCUUAGCCUCAGCCAGUCGGGAUAGACUGAUUCAUGUCUUGGAUGCUGGAAAGGACUACAGCCUGCAGCAGACCCUGGAUGAACAUUCUUCUUCCAUCACUGCUGUGAAGUUUGCAGCCAAUGAUGGGAAAGUGAGAAUGAUAAGCUGUGGAGCAGACAAGAGCAUCUAUUUCCGCACUGCGCAGAAGACAGGAGAAGGGGUUCAAUUUACCCGAACACAUCACAUUGUUAGGAAGACUACUCUGUAUGACAUGGAUGUGGAUCCCAGCUGGAAAUAUGCAGCUAUUGGUUGCCAGGAUCGUAAUAUCAGGGUUUUCAACAUAAGCAGUGGAAAGCAGAAGAAACUUUACAAGGGAUCCCAAGGUGAAGAUGGCACCCUCAUCAAAGUGCAAACUGAUCCCUCUGGGCUUUAUAUUGCUACCAGUUGUUCUGACAAGAACCUCUCCAUCUUUGAUUUCUAUUCUGGCGAGUGUGUUGCAACCAUGUAUGGGCACUCAGAAAUUGUAACUGGGAUGAAAUUCAGUAAUGACUGCAAACAUCUGAUCUCUGUUUCUGGUGACAGCUGCAUCUUCAUCUGGCGUCUGAGCUCAGAAAUGACCAUCAACAUGCGGCAGCGACUAUCUGACAUGAAACAGAGAGGAAAGCAGGCAGAAAAGUCUCCACCACACAAGACAGCUGGACUCAUGAGGCAUGAGUCCAUCUCUGCCCUAUCCUCUGUGCCUGCACUUUCAUCAGACAGCGACAAGGAUGGUGAAGAUGAAGGGAAUGAUGAAGAUGAGUUAAGUGGGCUGCAAUCUUUCCAUAUUCAGUCCAACUGCAACACUGAGAGAGACUCAGAUCCAGAUCUUACCCUCUCAAGAAGCCUUUCCCAUUGGGAAAUGAGGAGGGCCAAGGAGAUAGCAGCAAUCCAGCGUUCGGAAGCACCAAUGAGCAAGAUGCCCCGGCAACGUGGGCGCUGGUCCCAGCCAACUAGCAACAUAGAGAUGACUGUGAAAUCCAUGCUUGACUUGCGUCAGCUGGAGUCCUUCUCCGUUUCCCGAUCUCCAAGUCGAGAUUCGCUGUCUCAGAACAGCAAUGGGGAUGACAGAGAAGAACAGGCAGAUCUACCUAUGCACAUCAACAAAGUUGGAAGCUCAAUAGCUCCCCAAGACAACCGGUCUUGUGUGCGGCCCCAAGUGAUUCGGCUCGUGUCUUGUGAAGAGGGGAUUUUCUCUCAGGAACUGGAACCGUCUGAAAGUGAGGAGUGUGUAAUCUACCCUGAGCAAGAUGAAAUCCAUCCCACAGACCCUAGCAGUGAGUUCCAGGUAAAAGCAUUGCCCCAUGGGAAGCUAAACAGAAAUUAUCACAGCAAUGGAUGCCCAGACAAACACAGUCCUGAUAGUGCCUGCUCUGUAGAUUACAGCAGCAGUCGUCUGUCCAGCCCCGACCAUCCAAAUGAAGAUUCUGAAAGCACUGAGCCCCUAAGUGUGGAUGGCAUCUCAGACCUGGAGGGAGAGGAAGGAGAGGAGGAUGUGGGUACCAGCAUGCCAGAGGGAGAAAUUCCUCAGAUACCUGAUCAGGAAAAGUUCCUUAAGCAGCAUUUUGGGACCCUGGGCAGCACUGAUGAAAAAGGUGGUUCAUGUAGGAGUCUGGAAAGAACUGAAAACCUCAGCAUUUCCUCUCGCUUUCUUUCCCAGUCCCCGGCUCUCAGACGCUUGUCACUCUCUUCAUCGAAUCUGAUAUUGGAUUCAAAGCCCAUUGCACCUCCAACCCAGACCAAUGGAUUUACUCCAGACCUGUUGAAAAAUGGCAGCAGCCAUUCUGGUGAUGCUUUGGAGAACAGCCACCUCCUGGAGAGUAUAAAUUCACAUCGGGCUGUUUAUGUCCAGAAAAAACGCAAAUCAGCUUCGGAGGCCGGCAGAGCUGGUAUGGCUCCUGGACGGGUGAUUGCAUCGUUUCCAGAAGGCCCUGUGAAUGCAGCGAUGAGAAAGGCACAGUCAGUUCACGACCUUGUUCAUGAGGAUAAGGGUCCUGGAGUGAUAUCUUCUGCCAAGCAGCGUCCUCAGACUCUGAUGGUGGUUGAGAAGGAUACCAGACCUAACAAUUGCAGGGUGUUAUCAGCCAGUCUGUUGAAGAUGGAUGGAUCUGGUGCCCUGCUGGCCAAAGAUGUCCGGACUGCAAAACCAAAGUCCUACAUGAACCCCACAACCAGCUUUCGGGCUAAGAUGUCAAGGAGCAUAUCUGUAGGGGAAAAUCUGUACCUUGGUUACUCCACUGAAAUGUCAACUGAUGGGAGGACAAGUCCUCCGGUGCCAGAGAAGACACAGCUCAGUCCCACAACAGAUGCUGAGAAGAUUAAGUUACCAGUGAAAGAAAAUGUUCCAGUGAAGCCAGCGCUUCAGCCAGUUGUAAACUGCUCAUCUCCCAAGUCCUUUCACAGCAAGUUGGCAUCAUCAAACCGAGCACACCUGAUUCUUGACAUUCCUAAGCCAUUGCCUGAUAGACCCACGCUGGCCUCCUUCUCACCCACUACCAAAACCAAAACCCUGCUUGAGCCACAGUCUCCACAGUCACCUGCUGGGGCCUGUAAAAAGAAACCCUCUUUUCCUGAGGUCCGAACCUCCAAAAGGGAGAAUCAAACCGCUGGGUCUCCGGUUCCUGGUAGAGAGAACUCAGCAGGACUUGUUAAGGAGAGCCCAAUGGAGAGUCCAGUCUCAAGGACAGGUUGCCAGGAUGAGCCAGGGGUCACAAACCUAAAACUGAGGGAGUUUUCAGAGGUCCGGCACCUAAAGUCUCCUGAAAGCACGUUGCCCAGGUGCAGGGAGAGGAUCACUGGCAUCGCCUGUGUGCUAGACAACCAACCUGGACUUUGCCCACUAGACCCCAUCAGGCCGAGGUCUCCUACAUCUGUAACUGCCUCGGCACAGGUCUCAGGUGUGCAUGGAUACCCAUCUCUUAUCUUCCCCCUUCUGUCUCCUGUCUUUGUGAACCGCUUCACGAUCCCAUCACAUUUCUUUACGUCCAGCUUCUGGCCUGUCUCGUCCUGUCUGCACCUGUCUCGUUCCAUAAGCCAUCCCCUCAAUGAAUCGUGCAUCAGCGUAGAGCAGUGUGAGCAUGUGGUAUCAGAGCUCCAGGACAGCAUGCGCAAAGCCAUUCAUCUGUACCGCAUGGUGUUAAAUGAUACGGAGUCUUCUACUGACAAAGAUAAAAUAGCAGGCCUCCUGACAGAAGCAUUCUCCUUAAUGAAGAAAGAAUUGGAUUCCCUGAAGGAUGGGGAAGAGCUUCCAAAGGUUACGGAGGUACUGGCACAGUCUCAAGAUACCACUAGGCCACUAAAUGAUGGAUCUGGUGCCAAUCUACCAAGUCCCAAGAGUCUGGGAGAUGAGCAGACACUAGCUUUGCUGGAACAGUACUCAGAGCUAUUGCUACAAGCUGUGGAACGACGCAUGGACAAAAAGCUUUAAAAGCAGUGUCUUUCAGGUGCUUGUGAAUACACAGAAUUAAUCCCAAGAGAAGGACCACAGAGAGAUCUUCAGACUGAUGCGAUCAUCAUGCUGGUCUAGAGCUGGUGGGGUGACCUUUAGAAACUGAUUUCCUCAGGCCCCUGCAACUGACUUGCUCUAAUUCUUAGCAAUGUGCUGGCCACAAUUUUAAUAUUUUUUUCCCAAUUGUCUUCAAGUUCCUGUCUCUAGACAAAGUUUUGAAAGAGGAGUUUGGAGAAAUUGCCUGGAAAUUUCUCCAUAGCCAGGAGAUCAGGAUGUUUGGCACCUAAAGAAACAAAGAAAAUCCCACUUAUCCAAGCAAUUCUGAACUGCUGACUAAAUACAAAGGAGUUCCAGUGAAGCCAAUCCCUUCUUCUCCAAGGCUUCAGGAGAAUCAAGAAGCAGACUUUUUAUGGGUUUAUUUAUUAAUUUAUUAUUUUCUGACUGUUACUCUAUGUCACAUUUGUGACUAUUAUCUUUAUUCUUUAACAAAAAAUGUCAAUCCCUUGCCAUAUCCCAGCGAGACACAAUCUCUGUAUUAUAAAUCCCCAACAGGGAGACAGGCUGGAGUGUCUGUGCAAUUAAUGAAUUGUUUCUGCUUAGGUGUUGUCUUGCUGUUCUUUCUUUUCCUGCCAUAGUUUGUUACCUAGAGUAAUCUUAUUGUUGUCUUGACUACUCUGUCUGCUUUUCUCUUGUUUCGCAAGACAGUCCCCAUACUGUAUUUUUAUCUGUGUUUACCUCCAGGGGUAAGACUUUGCAACCCUUGGACCAAGCUUUGGAGUUUGCUUAAUGAAAUCAGUAGUGAUAUUUUAAAUCUGGAAUUUGACAUUAUGUUGAUAUUCAUGUACUGCAGCCUUUUUUUUCCUGACGACGUUUUAAAAAGAUUUAAAUACAAAUAUGAAAGUUCAUUUCAGCCAGCUUUCAUGAUUAGGAAUUGGAUAUCAACUUCGAUGUUAUCAUGACUGGGAAAUUUGGGGUUAUGAUUUAUUUGCUGAGAAGUGACAUUGAAAACCUGGUUUCCAUCUCAUACAGCAUAACUCUGGAUUUGAGAGAUCUUCAGUGCAACUGUUCAUCCAUAUCAUUUGUUGAUUUCGCUGUCUUGAUGCGAAAAUGUUUUCUUGCUUGCCAGGAAAACAAUACUUACAUCCUAAGAAAACUGGGAUUCUCUUUCCUUUUGUAAAUCUACUUCACCUACCUGCAGAAAAUGGUUUCCCUAGAACUUUGAACUAAGAUAUUUUUGAAUGUGUUUUUUUACCUUUCCCCCCCCCCCCCCCCCACCCCAGCUUCUUUUCAUUAAUUUCUUGACUGAAACAGAAAAUCUUCUUUGCAUUUGUGUGCAAUUCUCACCCUGUGGAGCUUCUCCAAACCUAUGCUGACUUGUGUUCGUUAUGGCUUAAAAAUGUCCAGUGAUACUUUACUAGUCAAUGAUAAGCUAAGGAAAAAAACAACAUUAAAACCAAUAAAAACUCUUCAGCACCUUCCCCCUUAUUCCCACUCCUUUUCACAACAGAGGCAGAUGCACAAAAUGCUUUAUUUCUUCCUCCAUCUUCAGACUUUCUUGUAUUUAUUUUAAGGCAGAGUAGUGUAAUCCCAUUUUAUAAAACUAAUGCAAGAAGCAGCUUCCAAGUGGGUGAGAGAAUGCCAGCAUCUGGAAGUCACUGAAGGUAGCCAGUCACUUUGUUCCAUAGGUUAAAGGCCUGAAGCAAUCUUCUUUUGUUUUACUGUCCUGGUUGGCAUCUCUUUGAAAUCCGGUGGCUCUCUGAAAUACACUCUGUUGUCUUGCUUUGUUUUAUGUCCUGUGUGACUGGGGAUCUGCAUUGCAGCCUUUUUCUUCUGGGACAGCCAGACUGGCAACCUAUUUCUUCAAUAUGCUCUAAGGAUGAGCUGCAGUUCUUGCUCUCCCCCUAACAGGUUUUCUGGCUGAUUACCACUGCUGAGUGCUUCAGGGCAUGGCAGCAUGGCAAGCACUUUCAGAGCUUUCCAGCUUUUUCUGCCUGUAAUGUAGAUCUGCUUCAUCAAAUGUUUCAGGUGCCCUUGCUAACCUUCCCUUCCAUGGGCUUGUACUGAAACUUUUUAAAAGUGUUGUCUUCUAGUCUGUCUCGGCAUUGCACUCUUUUGAAUCAGUUGUGCAAGACAGGUUUGUAAAGACAAGUUGAAAAGUAGAGGAAAUUUCUGGCAGUUUCCUUGAGUGAAAAGUUGUGCUGGAGAUGCUGUGAGUGGAAUGUCUGGUGGCAGCUGUGGGUCUGUGAUGGAGUUAGUGUGGGUCUGUGACGGAGUUAGUGUGGGCCAAGCUUGCUUUUAAGGUGAUUAGUUCCUCCACUUUCAGACUGUGAACAUGUAUGUCCUAGUAUACAAGAAAUUUCUUGCUGUACUGGGGCCACAAGACACUCAGGUAAAAUAGCAGUCCCUUCAACCCAGGUAUCUUUUGGUACUGAAGAUAAUGGUUUGAGGGUCCUUUAUAUUACUUCCUUGUGCAAUUCUAUUCCAUUUUAUUAUUUCAACUAUGAGGUAGUGACAAAAAGGGUCAGAGAGAGCCAGAGGCCAGAAUGAAAUUCACAUCAAGGCACAGAGCAACAAACAGCGAAGCUGGCAUAGAGAUACCAAACUCCUUGGAAAUGAGACGUGGAGCAAAUUUGAUUUUUAAGCUGACCAAAGUAGUUUUUGCUUCCUGGAGUGGAUUUUGCUUGGGGGUCAUGGCUGCAUGCAGGAAACCAGGGGUAAAUUAUUCAGAAUGAUGAUAAAAGAGUUGGGCAAGUAGAUCAGCUGGAGGAUGAUUGUAUAGUUUAAAUUAGAAUAGUAUGUGUAGGAUAUUCAGGAAAACAAAGUAGAGGUAGAGAGUCUUGGCCCGAGGAACAUUAUUUGGCCAAUAACCACAAAAGAUGUAGUACAGAAAGGCUUCAGGAAAGUAGAUUUAGGACUGAGGUGGUGAUCAGUAAUUGAAGAAUGAAUUGAAAGAUGUUUUUUUUAAAGAUGUCCUAUUGGGCCUCUUGUUUCUUUGCUUGCUGUCCUCUAAGCGACUGCAUAUUAAAAGGCAGAAUUGUCAGCUGCUUGCCCAAGGUUUGGUAGUUAAGAACUGAGUAGUGGAAGUCCUGUAAAGGAGAUGCUAGUGCCACACGUUUGUUGCUUAGAGGCAUGACGAGAUAGCGCUGCUGUUUGAGACUGAUGCAACUGACUCUUCCCUGGCAACUUCCUAUUGCUGGCAAUAGGAAAUAUCCCUAAAAAUUCUAGUUUACAGCAAAAAGAGAGCAUAAAUGUGUUACAUUUUGUUGCACUUUGUGAGUAUGGUUCACUACAGGCUGUCCAUUAGGCCAAGUAGAGAAAAACUGAAUGGUUGUUGCCUGGGAAGUGAAAAGGCUUAUGGGAGGAGGUAAUAAACUUGAGUCUAUCCCUCUUUCUUCUUUGGGAUCCCUCUUACUGGUUUGUGUGGGUGUUAGCACAGGUACAACCAGACACCUGUAUUAAACCAAGUUACCUGUUUAACAUAGUCUGUAAAAAAA